AAGCUUCCAAUCCAAAGCACCAACCUCUCAUAAACAAUGUUGAUCAUAACACAUAGUGAUGGUAGCAGCAGCAGAAAAAUGCUCUGCCUCUAUCUAUGGAUAUUCUUCACCAUCAAUUUUUCAUCCCUCUUCUGCUUUUCUACUAGCCAGAACAACACAACAACAGAUGUUCCACUUGAUUACAGAUACGCAUGUUUGGAUCAAUCUUCAUCUCCUCCAUCCACUACAUACCAAACAAACCUCAACAACUUGUUAUCUUCACUCUCCUCUGAUUCUGCUACAAGCAAUGGUUUUGGAAACAGAACUCUAGGCAAUGAUCAAACCAACAUGGUUUAUGGACUUUAUCUUUGUCGCGGUGACGCGAACGCCACCCUUUGUCACUCAUGUGUGCAAAACUCCAGCAGAUUGUUGAGGCAUCACUGCCCCAAUAACACUUCAGCUAUUCUUUGGUACCCCUAUUGCCUCGUGAGGUACUCAAACCAGAACUUCUUUGGCAAACUCGAGAUAAGGCCGCGGGUUCCGAUGUUUGACGCCAAGCAGAAUGAUACUAGUGCUGGAGAGUUUGAUGGUGAUGCGAGGAUUUUGAUGAAUGGUUUGAUUCAAAUGGGAUCGGAGGCGCCGUUGAUGUUUGGGACACACAUGUUUAAUAUAAAUGGGACUCAGAGAAGGUAUGGUUGGGUGCAGUGCAGUAGGGAUAUUACUAGUGAGGAGUGCAGGACAUGUUUGAGUUAUAUGCUUGAGGAUGUUGAGAAUUGUUGUGAGAAGAAGAAGGUGUGGCGUGUGUUUUCUCCUAGUUGUAUCGUCAUGUAUGAGACUCAGCCAUUCUUUUUGAAUGAUACUGCACCUCAGCAAGCCAAAGAAGAGGGUAACACAAAGUGGUGGAUUAUAAUUAUCAUUGUUGUAAUUGGAACUCUUGGAGUAGCUCUAUUGGCUUUCAGCACUUACUACUACUUCUGGUGCUUCAAACGGAAAAAGGAUAAACAAGCUAUGCAAGAAAAUGGCCUAUAUCCAAUGUUUUCCAGAGAUCAAGAUGACAAUGGAGAUAGUGUGAAUUCUGACCUACCUAUGAUACCUCUGAGUACUAUUCUAAAAAGUACUGAUAAUUUUUCUGAUGCAUAUAAAUUGGGGAAAGGUGGAUUUGGCCCUGUCUACAAGGCUGUUUUGCCAGAUGGAAGGCUAGUUGCUAUUAAAAGGCUCUCAAAAACUUCUGUUCAAGGUAUAGAGGAAUUCAAGAAUGAAGUGAUGUUGAUUGCGAAAUUGCAGCACCGGAACCUUGUGAGACUGUUGACUUGCUGCAUUGACCAAAAUGAAAAGCUGCUUAUCUAUGAAUACAUGCCAAAUUCAAGCCUUGAUUUUCACCUAUUUGAUAUGGUGAAGGGUGCAGAACUGGAUUGGAAACAUCGAACAAACAUUAUUAAUGGGAUUGCUAAAGGGCUCCUAUAUCUUCAUGAGGACUCUAGACUCAGGGUUAUUCACAGAGACCUAAAAGCUAGCAAUAUUCUAUUAGAUCAUGAAAUGAAUCCAAAAAUCUCGGACUUUGGACUAGCAAGAACAUUUGGAGGAGACCAGGGGCAAGCAAAUACAAUCAGAAUUGUGGGAACUUAUGGAUACAUGGCUCCAGAAUAUGCUAUGGAAGGCUUGUUUUCAGUGAAAUCAGAUGUUUUCAGCUUUGGUGUUCUUUUGCUAGAGAUCAUAAGUGGAAAAAAGAACAGCAAGUUCUACCUUUCAGAGAAUGCCCAAAGCCUUCUAAUAUAUGCAUGGAACCUUUGGUGUGAAAGCAAAUGUUUGGAAAUGAUGGACCCAUUGAUUGAAAAAUCAUGUGUACCUAGUGAAAUUCUGAAGUGCAUACACAUUGCACUGUUGUGUGUGCAAGAAGAUGCAGCAGAUAGACCUACAAUGUCAAGUGUCGUUCACAUGCUUGUAAGUGACACAGUGACUCUCCCCUGCCCCACACGCCCUGCAUUUUCUGUUGGAAGGGCUGUCUUAGAACGAGGGUCUUCAUCAAAUACUGCUUACUCUGUCAAUGAUGUAACGGUCACCGAUGUGAUUCCUAGGUGAUCAACACAAUUGAACAUUCUUUUCUUCUUACAUUUUGUAGGGUGUAGGAAAUGUGUGUAUUUCAGUUACUCGAAACACAGAAAGUAAUGUUUAGGAACAAGAGUUUUCUUGUAAACGGUUGUCUUGGAGAGUAUAUGCUUAUAGGCUAAAAGCCCCGUUGGGGUGGAAUUUUUUUGUAUGUUUCGAAAUUUUUAAAUUCUAAAACUAGUUUUCAUUUUUUUUUU